AUGAAAUCCGUGGCUCGCGAGUUAUACACACAGUUGACAGAAGCGUCUCUGAUCAUGUUCAAAGGAGAUCUUAACUAUCGAAAAUUGGUCGGCGAUAGAGAUUGGCCAUACGGUACUCCAUUGAAGACAGCACUGUGCGGUUUUUUGCCGGCGCCGAUACUCGCGCUAAGGACGUUGAAAUCGGAAACGGUAGCCGGUCUUCCGGACGACGUAGCUUCGCGCAUGGAGAAUGAGCCCGACCAAAAGUGGAUGGUGACUGGCGAGUAUGGAAUAGCAGAGCUAGCUUAUUAA